AUGUUACGCCGUUUGUGCCCCUGCAUCCGCCGGCGUGCCGCUGACCGCGACGAGCGCAAGAGGCUGAAGAAGAGCAAGAAGGCGCAGGCUUGUGAUGUCUCCGACACCGUGUGCAGUGGCUACACUACCCCUGCCGAGCAGCAGCCGCUGCCACCGACGCUGCCACGCCCGCCUUCACCGCCCCUACCGCCGCCUCCCACCACCUCAGGCGGCGAGACCACAACUACUGAUGAGCUGCUGCCCACCACCAACUUGGGCAGUGGCGAUGUUAGUGUUGCUGAUGACCCACUGGCCCCCACCACCUCGCCUAGUGGAGAUAGUAAUGCUGCUGAGAUGCAGCCCCCCACCUCCUUUUGCAAUGGAGACAACACUGCUGACGAUGAACCGUCUCACCCCACUGUCUUUGAAGGCAGUGACAGCACAUCCACUAAUGAACUGCUGAUCCCCACUGUCUUGCACAGUGACGAUAUUAUUACUGCUGAACUGCAGCCCCCCACGACACUUGGCAGUGGCAACAAGCUUGCCAAUGAUGGACCUCCGCAUCCCACCAUCUUGGAUGUUCGCGAUGCCACAUCCACUAGUGAGCCGCUGCCUCCCAGCAACGCUGGCAGUUGCGACUCUAAUGCCUCUGAGUCGCUGCCCUCCACCACCUUGCACAGCGUCGAAGUGUCUGCCGAUGUUAAGCCACCAUGUCCCCCCAUCUUGGAUGGUGGCUACUGCACGUCCACUAAUGAUCUCAUGCUAGCCACCGUCUUGGACACUGGCAAUUCUAUUCCUGCAGAGUCACUGCCCCCCACCACCUCGGGAAACUUCAACACAGCUGGCAGUAAUCAAAUGUUACGCCGUUUGUGCCCCUGCAUCCGCCGGCGUGCCGCUGACCGCGACGAGCGCAAGAAGCUGAAGAAGAACAAGAAGGCGCAGCCCCCCACGACACUUGGCAAUGGCAACAAGCUUGCCAAUGAUGGACCUCCGCAUCCCACCAUCUUGGAUGUUCGCGAUGCCACAUCCACUAGUGAGCCGCUGCCUCCCAGCAACGCUGGCAGAUGCGACUCUAAUGCCUCUGAGUCGCUGCCCUCCACCACCUUGCACAGCGUCGAAGUGUAUGCCGAUGUUAAGCCACCAUGUCCCCCCUUCUUGGAUGGUGGCUACUGCACGUCCACUAAUGAUCUCAUGCUACCCACCGUCUUGGACACUGGCAAUUCUAUUCCUGCAGAGUCACUGCCCCCCACCACCUCGGGCAACUUCAACACAGCUGGCAGUAUUCAAGUACUGAAUCCCACCAUCUACCAAGAUUGUGUCACCAAUACUGAAUUAUCUUUAUUGCCUCAUGUAGCUGAUGUUGCACCAUCAGCCCUACAGGGUGCGCUUCUCACUGGCCCUCCCCCAAGGCAGGCGUUCCCUAAGAUUUCCAAAAAGAAAAGUCCGUCUGAUCAGCUGCUAUAUCUUCAAGGCCCUCCACCUUUUCCCGCUUUUGGAAAUAAAAUGUAA